GCCAUGGGGAAGCGCCCAGUAUGGCAAAUACAGACAUGCCAGUACUGUGGGAAGCAAGGACACAACACCCGAUCAUGUCCUACCCUGGCGCUCAAGUUGCUCAAGAAGCUUCAGGUCAAACAUAGCGUGACUGCUAUGAGCAAGGCUGUCAUGGAUGGGUGCGAGCCAUUGACAGUGCAGGGCAUGGAGAGGCGACGCGGAUCAAGAAAGGCAGCUCAAAGGUUAGAACACAGACGUGUCCGAAAUGUGCACAAAGGCACACGGGGAGUGUCGACUGCACGAAAAAAGUCGGCCAUCCAACAGAAAAGACGUUGGGCGGAGAAGAGACGGACGGCGAAGCGUCAAACAAAGUGUGAUGCCAAAGUCAAGCUUGCAGAAUGUCGCGAGACGAAUCGGCAAGCCUGGAAGAAAUUCCAGCAAAUGCAGCUCGUCAGACAAACGCUGCGGUCGUAUCGGCAAUUUGCUUGCCCGCAGUGUGAAGCGAACUGUAUCUGCAGGCAAGUGCUUAAGAGAAAAAGCGACAUGGCCGCCAAAGAAGCACUCAGGAAGGAACUGAAGAAGCUCAGUCUGCCAGAGCAUACUGUGUACUUCCGCGGCUCGAGGUGUUGCCGGCUGUUCUCCUGCUUGCGAUUCACAAUCCUGCCUGUGAAGAAAACGCAUUGGCCAUUAGCGCAGGUCGUUGGAUUUGUUGAGGAGUUCAUGGACAUGGCGAAGCCGAACAUGCAGGAACUCUGUCGACGAGACGGAACAUGCCUGAAGCUCUUCAAACGUGCAGGGAGCAACUUCCAUGUUGCCUUGUGGGGCUUGGUGCAGCGCCCAACGAACCACGAGGCGCUCGAACAGAUCCUUCCAACCGUCAAGGGCGACCGCGAGAUGGCCAGCGUGCUCCUGACGGAUGGGGCCAAGGUGUACAACAAGCUCGCCAAGGCUUAUGGACUCCAGCAUAAAUUUGUCGUCCACUCGAAGAGCGAGUGGUCGAAGACCGUAAGUGCUGGUUCGCAUGGCCGCCUACGCGUCAACACGGGUCUGAUAGAUGAGAGAUGGAAAUGUAUCAAAGGGUACGUGCCUGUCUCACUGUCCGGCGGCAGCAGAGACGACUCGGAGACAACCUUCUCCCCGCACCUCUUUAAUUAUUUGUACAGCUGGUGGCUCCGCACCCAGGUGCCGGCAGCGGAAGAGAGAAUCAAACUUAUCGGUAGAGCUUUGCUGCGUGCUGGUGCGAUGCAUCGCGCCGGCAUUGUGGCAGCAGAGGCCGCAGAAUCCGAUGGAGUCACUUCCUCCGACCACGCCCUGGCUUUGUCGACCUCAGCGGAGCACAUGUCGGAGGACAACCUUGUCGACUUUUCCGACAGAUCCGAAGAGAGCAUGGAAGCUGCACCUGUCAAUGUUGUGGCUUCGACAAGUGCAGGACGCGACAGAUCCGACCAGAGCAUGGAAGCUGCACCUGUCAAUGUUGUGGCUUCGACAGGUGAACGACAGCCGCCUUUGUCAGCUACUCUGACAGCUGCUGCAGGCCGAAGACGACGAGCGUUCAAAUGGGGUUGCCAUAUUCACGAGAAGGAGAUCCUCAAGAACGGCACUGCCCUUCGCCGUGCUCUGUGUCCCCAUAUUUUCCGCUCUGGCAGAAAUCAAGGGCAGCUUUGGUUGCUUUGCUCAGACUGGUGGCGCGAGCGGCGCUGCUGGCACAAGGAGCCUUUCGAUAUGAGCAGGUUCAAAGAGCUUCCAACGUGGCAACAGGACUGCCUAGAUGCUUACACACGAAUGCGAAAACCCUAA